AAAGCUGAAGCUGUCACCAGUUUUCAUCAGUGCGAGUCAAGCAGAGAGGGCCGUGUCCACCGUGCGUAAAAAAACCAAACACCAUGCCCACCAAGAACGUUGUUGACGAGCGAAUCUCCAAAUUCAAAAAUAAGGGCAAAGAUCCAGCAAAACUUCGUGAGAAACGCAUCACUGAGUGCGUGGAGCUGCGCAAGGCUCACAAGAAUGAAAAUUUCCUGAAGAGAAGAAAUAUAACGCUGUCGUCUCUCCCGGACGAGGAUGCCCUCUCUCCUGACUCUAAUGAGACGGUGACUCCUCUAACCAUUGAGGACAUCAUUAAAGACGUAAACAGCGACAGCAAGGAGUCCCAAACCCGAGGCUGUCAGGCAGCCAGGAAGCUGCUUUCACAGGAGCGUAACCCUCCUCUGAAGGAGAUCGUAGAUGCAGGUCUGCUGUCCCGCUUUGUGUCCUUUCUGUGCAUGGACGAUGAGCCGACUCUGCAGUUUGAAGCCGCUUGGGCUCUAACAAACAUCGCCUCUGGAACAUCUUGGCAUACUCAGCAGGUGGUGGAACAUGGGGCUGUACCAGCUUUCAUCUCCUUGCUGGCUUCACCAAUGUUGCACAUCAGUGAACAGGCUGUUUGGGCUCUUGGAAACAUUGCAGGUGAUGGUCCAGCUUAUCGAGAUGUCCUGAUUGAGUGCAAUGUAAUCCCAGCCUUACUGGCCCGCAUCUGCCCAGAUACACCUGUUGGCUACCUGCGUAAUCUGACAUGGACAUUGUCUAACUUGUGUCGAAAUAAGAACCCGUGUCCUCCGUUGUCUGCGGUCCUGCAGGUGCUUCCCUCACUGAUCCAGCUACUCCACCUCAGUGAUAAGGACAUCUUGUCUGAUGCAUGCUGGGCAAUCUCCUACCUCUCUGAUGGUGACAAUGACCGCAUUGAUGUUGUAGUGAAAACUGGCAUAGUCCCUCGGCUGGUGGAGCUCAUGAGCCACGAGGAGCUCAGUGUCAUGACCCCGGCUCUCCGCUCCAUCGGGAACAUUGUGAGUGGGUCAGACCUACAGACACAGGCAGCGGUUGAUGCCGGUGUUCUGAACGUCCUACCUCAACUGAUGAGGCACUCAAAGCCCAGUGUGCAAAAGGAGGCAGCAUGGGCACUGUCCAACAUUGCUGCAGGGCCCUGUAAGCAAAUCCAACAGCUCAUCACCUGUGGCCUUCUCCCCCCUCUGGUAGAACAGCUCAGAAAUGGAGACUUCAAGACUCAAAGGGAGGCAGUGUGGGCAGUGACCAACUUCACCAGUGGGGGUACUGUGGAGCAGGUGGUCACUCUGGUGCAGAGUGGAGCUCUGGAGGCGAUCGUUAACCUGCUGCAAGUCAAAGACGCUAAAGUCAUUCUGGUCAUACUGGAUGCCAUCAACAACAUCUUCAUGGCAGCAGAGAAGCUCGGGGAGACUGAGAAACUUAGCUUGUUGGUCGAAGAACUAGGAGGACUGGACCGCAUUGAAAUGUUGCAGAAUCAUGACAACGAUAUGGUGUACCAGGCCGCACAUAGCCUCAUAGAGAAGUACUUUGGGGACGGUGAGAUCGAGGGAAUCAAGGUCGACGCUACAGAGGAUUCGUUUGUGUUUAAGAGCUCUGAUGUUCAGAGAACCUUUGAAUUUUAAACUCUUUACUAUUGUACAGUGUUUGAAGAGUUCAAGCUGAAAAUAAAUAAAUUGUCAUACAGUUCAAAGAA